AAACGAGGUCGUUUCAGAUCGUCUUCAACCUCGCCACACUUUGGUCUAAAACAUUUUCGCCUCCCAUCUCCAUCCGUCAUCGUCCUCUCUCGGAGAUUAUUAUACUCAGGUAUUCCUCAAUGGUUCGUGGCUCAUCACUCCACGCUUUGUUCGUCCCAAAGCCUCAACGGACCAAAUCAAAACUCGCCACGUCCCUCGCACGUGCCAUCAACUCCUCAGACCAAUUCGAGCCUUCUUCACUCUCAUCACUCCAUCCACCUGAAUCAGCCCUCUCCCUCUCCACAACCACAGUUCUACAAACCCUACGUCUCAUCAAACCCCCUUCCCACGCUCUCCGCUUCUUCGACUGGCUCCCGACCGUCGGCUUCUCCCACAACCCCCACUCCUUCUUCCUCAUGCUCCACCUCCUCUCCCGAUCUCGCAACCUCAACGCCGCUCGCAACUUCCUCUUCUCAAUCGAGAAACGCUCCAACGGCUCCGUCAAGCUCCACCCUCGCUUCUUCAACACCCUCAUCACAUCCUACGCAGACGCCGGCCUCCUCCACGAGUCCAUAAACCUCUUCCACACCAUGAAGAAGAUGGGCGUCUCUCCUUCGGCUAUCACCUUCAACACUCUCCUCUCCAUCCUCCUCAAACGCGGUAAAACCGGUUUGGCGCUCGAUCUCUUCCACGAGAUGCGUGGCACCUACGGCGUCAAACCGGACUCCUACACUUAUAACAUCUUGAUCAACGGGUUCUGUAAGAACUCCAUGGUCUCUGAAGCGUUUAGAGUUUUCAAAGACAUGGAGUGUGUUCCUGACCUUGUUACUUACAACACUAUUAUUGAUGGGUUAUGCAGAGCUGGUAAAGUCACCACAGCGCAUAACGUGUUGAACGGGAUGUUGAAGAAAGAGGUGUCUCCCAACGUUGUUACUUACACAACUCUGGUGAGAGGGUACUGUAUGAAGCAUGAGGUUGAUAAAGCCUUGGCUCUGUUUCGUGAGUUGGUUGCUACCAGAGGAGGGGUGAAACCGAACGCUGUGACUUUCAACACUCUGGUCAAAGGCCUCUCCGAGGCUCGGAGGUUCGAUGACAUCAAGGAGGUUCUGAGAUGUAGCAGUUUUGCUCCGGACGCUUGUACUUUUAAUGUUCUGAUCAAAGCUCACUGCGAUGGUGGAGAUUUGGAUGCGGCGUUGGAGGUGUUUAGAGAGAUGCUGCCGCGUCCUGACUCGGCUUCGUAUAGUGUUUUGAUCCGGGCUCUGUGUCUGAGACGGGAGUUUGGUAGAGCGGAGAGGCUGUUCGAGGAGUUGUUUGAGAAGGAAGUGUUGUUGGAGAAAGAUGGAUCAAAGCCUCUUGCUGCAGCUUAUAACCCCAUGUUUGAGUACUUAUGUGCGAAUGGGAAAACGAAACGAGCUGAGGGAGUUUUCAGGCAGCUGAUGAAGAUAGGAGCGCAGGAUCCGGUUUCUUACAGGACUUUGAUCAUGGGACACUGCAGAGAAGGUGAGUUCAAAGGUGCUUACGAGCUGUUGGUUCUGAUGCUGAGGAGGGAGUUUGUGCCUGAUUUCGAAACCUAUGAGUUGCUGACUGAUGGGCUGUUGAAGACAGGUGAAGCUGUGCUCGCUCACGAUACCUUGCAGAGAAUGCUGAGGAGCUCUUAUCUUCCCGUUGCAGCCACUUUUCAUCGUGUGCUCGGAGAGCUUGUCAAAGGAGGUUUUGCUAGCGAGUGCUUUGAGUUGGUGAGGAUAAUGCUGGAGAAAGGGAUAAGACAGAGCGUUGAUCUUUCGACUGAUGCUGUCAGGUUGCUUUUCAGCAGUGGUCAGAAGGAUAAGGCGUUUCUGAUUGUUAGGUUGAUUUAUGAGAACGGUUAUUUGGUUAAGAUGGAGGAGUUGAUUGAUUUCUUAUGCGAGAAGAGGAAACUAGUUGAUUCAGCACACAGGCUUGUGGUGUUUUGUCUGGAGAAGAAUCAGAUGAUAGAUGUCAGCAGAUGCAACAGAGUCAUAGAAGAACUGUGUAAGCAUAAGAGACACUCUGAAGCGUUUGGUUUGUAUAAUGAGUUGGUGGAAAUAGGAAAAAACCACCAAGAGCUUAGCUGCCAUGUAGUUUUGAGAAACGCCUUAGAGGCUGCUGGAAAGUUGGAAGAAGUUCGGUUUUUGUCAAAGAGGAUGGCUAUGUCAGAUGAUUGCUAUGGACUAAAACAAAGGAUAUCAUCUUGAAACUUGGAGCAAUUAUGUAUUAAAGAGUUUUUUGGCAGCCUUCUUUGUGUUGUUCUAUUCAAGUCCUACAAUCUACAAAAUAUCCAGUUAUCUGCUGCCAUUUUACUUAUUAGAUCCAGUGAUGAAACACAGGUCACCUCCUGGAUCAGUGACAUGAGAACUUAGUGCCUGACCAGGUCCUGUCUGAGAGUAUACUUCAACAGUUACAAACAGGAUCUGACUCCAUGAAAUACGGAAUAGGAGAAGCGUAAGCAACUAUAUCUUCAGCUUCUCAUCGUUUUUCUCCAUGGCUUUUUAAUGUAAAGCAGAAACAUAUGAUGGUGUAUUAUUGUCAUAUAUUCAAAGAUGUAUGUUUCGGUUAUCAAAAGAUUGACAUGCUAAUAGCUUUAUAAUACGAUAAAUCAAAGCAUUAAGAACAUC